AUUCUCACUGAGCAGAAAGCAAAAGUAGCAGUACAAGUGUCUUCCAAAAAAUAAUCAAAAUCAAAUUAAAAAUAUUACAACUGAAAAGGGUAACACCAAAACCAACAACUGCAGCCUUGAGCACAUGAGAAUGGCCCCAUUUCGAUUGGUCAGAAUCUGUGCUUGGUUUCUUAUAAAUAGGAGGUAGCUGCUCCCAUCCCAGUUGGACAAAACAUUAGAGAGGAAAAAACACCAUGGGGAGUGAAAUGAAUGUUCUGUUUCUUUUGAUUAUUAAUGUGGUAAUGGUGGUAAGUGCUUCUGGUUCUACUCCAGAUGACAACUACAUCUCAGUGGUUGGAGAUCCAGGAAUGAGAAGAGAUGGGCUCAGAGUGGCCUUUGAAGCUUGGAACUUUUGCAAUGAAGUUGGCCAAGAAGCUCCUCACACGGGCAGCCCCAGAGCUGCUGAUUGUUUUGAUCUCAAAGGUUCUUCUCUUAAACACAAGGUAACAAAAGAAGAUAACAAACUUGGAGUUGGGACUCCAUUCUCUGGGUUAAAUCCAGAAAAUGCCAACAAUGUAGAUCUUUACGCAGCACAGAAAGAAAUUUAUCUGGGUUCUCUAUGUGAAGUUAGAGACACCCCAAAACCAUGGCAGUUUUGGAUGGUUAUGCUUAAAAAUGGUAACUUUGACACUAACUCAGGUUUGUGUCCGGCUGAUGGGAAAAGGGUUAGACCCUUUAAAUCAACAAGGUUUCCUUGCUUUGGCAAAGGGUGUAUGAACCAACCCACCUUUAAACAUGAUGAGACUGAGUUGUAUGGUGAAAGCAUGAGAGGAGGUUUUAAUGGCACUUAUGAUUUGGAUUCUGAACCUGCAAAUGGUCUUGAUGGGAUUUCCUUCUACGAAGUUGUUUGGGAAAAGAAAGUUGGAGUUGGAAGUUGGGUCUUCAAUCAUAAACUCAAGACCUCAAAGAAGUAUCCAUGGCUGAUGCUGUACCUCAGAGCUGAUGCAACUCAAGGAUAUUCUGGUGGAUAUCAUUAUGACACAAGAGGAAUGCUUAAAACGCUACCAGAAUCACCAAAUUUUAAGGUGAGACUGAGUUUGGAUAUCAAGAAAGGAGGAGGACCAAAGAGCCAGUUCUACCUAAUCGACAUAGGCAGCUGUUGGAAGAACAAUGGCUUAGCCUGUGAUGGUGAAGUAGUAACUGAUGUUACCAGAUACACAGAGAUGAUAAUCAACCCUGACACACCAGCUUGGUGCAGCCCCACAGGCUUACAGAAUUGCCCACCUUACCAUAUAACACCCCAAAACAUAAAGAUUUAUCGUAACGACACAGCCCGCUUCCCAUACUCGGCUUACCACUACUACUGUGCGCCAGGCAAUGCCCAGCACUUGGAGCAGCCUGUGAGCCUUUGUGACCCUUACAGCAAUCCUCAGGCGCAAGAGAUAAUUCAGUUGCUGCCACAUCCCAUAUGGGGUGACUAUGGCUAUCCCACCAAGAAAGGACAAGGUUGGGUGGGUGAUCCCAGGACAUGGGAGCUUGAUGUGGGUGGCCUUUCGAGUAGACUCUACUACUAUCAGGAUCCAGGGACUACUCCAGCUAGAAGGAUAUGGAGUUCGAUUGAUGUGGGGACUGAGAUUUAUAUAAGUGACAAAGAUGAAGUGGCAGAAUGGAGCUUAAGUGACUUUGAUGUUCUGCUCACUACUCCAAAGUUCUAGUCUCAUUUUAGUAUUUUAGAUGACAUGAUGAUUAUUGAUGUAUAAUUCAUAUAUGUAUAUUUAUAAUGGAGCCCCCCCCCCCCCCCCCCCCCCCCAAAAAAAAUGCCCGUAAGGGCUGGGCAGGGUAAGGUCAUUGUUUUAGUUUCUGUCACUAAAAUCAUCAGAAAUGAUGAGUGUUAAGCAAAAAUUCAAUUAAUGAUAACGAGAAAGAAAAUUAUCUAA